UCCGAGCUAAUACUCCGGCUUUCGUCUCUGCUAGAUUAAUUAGUAUCAACGCACAGCACAGCACAAUGGCACUCAGCGAGGACAGUCACGACUUGCUCCAAGCCCAGGUGGAGCUCUGGAACCAGACCUACAGCUUCAUGAAGUCCGUGGCGCUUGCGGUCGCCUUGGACCUCCGCGUCGCCGACGCCAUCCAUCACCACGGCGGCGCCGCCACCCUCUCCCAGAUACUCCCGGAGAUCGGCAUCAGCCAAUGCAAGCUUCCCGGCCUCCGCCGCCUCAUGCGCGUCCUCACCCUCGCCGGAACCUUCACCAUCCAGCCACCAGAUCAAGCAUCCCCGUCAGACGACGGGCACGAGCCUGUCUACAAGCUGACGACGGCCUCCCGCCUCCUCCUCACCAGCAACAACGACAACGGCGGCGGCGAGGGCUCGACGGUGACCUUGUCUCCGGUGCUCAACCACGUGCUCAAUCCCUUCCGCGACUCGGUGCUCAGCAUGGGGCUCACCGCGUGGUUCCGGCACGACGGCGAGCAGCACGGCCCCUGUCCAUUCGCCCUGAUGCACGGCGAGACCCUGUGGGAGGUGUCCGGGCGCGACGACGCACUGAACGCGUCCGUCAACGACGCCAUGGCCGCGGACAGCCGCAUCCUGAUGCGGGUCGUCUUGAAGGAGUGCGGCGAGGUCUUCGGCGGGAUCGACUCGCUGGUCGACGUUGCCGGCGGGAUUGGCGGAGCCGCCACCGUCAUCGCGUCGGCGUUCCCGAGUCUGAAGUGCAGCGUGCUGGACCUGCCUCACGUUGUCGCCAAGGCUCCAUCUGGUAGCAACGUGCAGUUUGUCGCAGGCGACAUGUUUCAGAGGAUUCCACCUGCAAAUGCUGUCUUCCUCAAGUGGAUUUUGCAUGACUGGGGUGAUGAUGAGUGUAUUAAUAUACUGAAGAAUUGCAAACAAGCAAUCCCUUCAAGAGAUGCAGGAGGAAAGGUGAUAAUCAUAGAUAUUGUGGUUGGAUCCAAGUCAUCAGAUGCCAAGCUUCUAGAGACACAGGUUUUGUGUGAUUUCGAUAUCAUGAAAAUUGGUGGGGUUGAACGAGAUGAGCAAGAGUGGAAGAAGAUAUUCCUCGAGGCUGGAUUCAACGACUACACUAUUAUGCCGGUUCUAGGCCUCCGAUCAAUCAUUGUCCUCUAUCCAUGAACGCUCAUCAGUGAACAAGUCCGCCACAGAAAUUAAAGCAUAGCAUGGUCAGGGUACUAGUGACUUUGUUCUGUUGGAUUACUAUAGCUGAAGUCUCAGUUUGAACGAGUCUUAAUGUUCAGUGUUCAAACUCAGUCAGUUUGAGUCUGUUCAGAUAAAUUGUGACGACCUAUCACUCCCAGCUAAGGUGAUAUCAUGACUAGUAUUUUAAUUUGGGUCAUUACUGAGUAAGCUUAUCCUUUAA